AUGGGCUCAAUCUUUGAAAACUCCAUCCAGCCGGCAGAACGUUCCAAUGCUGGUUCCCAGACGGAAUCUCAGCCGGCCUCCCUGCGGCUCCCGGAGCCUAACGUUGAGAUCGCCAGUCCGAUCCUCCGCUGUACCUUCCAGUCAUGCGCUUCCAAAGACGAAGACCGGGUAUUCACCGGCAAAGGCGCCAGAUCCGCCUACAAACGGCACAUGGACACGCACAACAAGCCAUACACGUGCACGCAUCUCAAGUGCUUCCGCAACAAGCACGGCUUCUCGCGGAAGGAUAAUCUCAACAUCCACCUGAAGUCGCACCUCACGCGGAAGGCGCGGAACAUGGCCGAGAACUCGGCCACCACCCAGGACGCCGCCCUUCGCCGCGUAGAACUGACGGCCCAGAAGGAAAUGAUCAGAAUUCUGGUCAAGACUGCAAAUGCCCUCAUGAGCCGCAUAGAGAGCGAGCAGGAAGAGGAUCUCCCGGAAGUGCCGUCUUCGAGCGGCGGGAAGAGCGACGGGAGCGAGAUGGAUUGCGAGGAGGAGCCCGCGAGGGAUCAGGCUCCCUGUUGA